UGUUUUGACGUCGGGGUUGUUGGAUCUGGUCGGGUGGGUAAAGAAUAUGAAACGCUAGAUCCGUUUUGGGGGAGUGCCGGCCGGACGCCUGUGCCUGCUGUUAACCGGGCCGUGGGUGUGUCAGGAUCCCGUUAAGAGCGUCUCUCGCUCCGACUGCUGGAACUAAUCAUGCCCGAUCUAACAUAUAUUGGACUGUCCAGGUAGUGUUUAAAGUGACGGAAACUGGCAACCUCUGGAACUGCCAUGGAUACCGCGGUAUGUGGCCAAGGGCCGCAACAUGAGUCGGCAGGGGCAGCCAGCACAACCGCAAGCACAGCACCUGACAAACCCCUGUCAACCGCGUGGCAGGCAGCGCUUGGGGCUACAGCAAUGAGUGCAAACAAGAAGCGGCCAGUACGUCGUGGGGGGAAACCUCCCCCUGACCGGCCUCAGAGAGCACUUUUCUGCCUGCCUCUCAAGAAUCCCAUCCGGAAAAUAUGUAUCGACAUCGUAGAGUGGAAACCAUUUGAGUACCUGAUUCUGUUGACCAUCUUUGCCAAUUGUGUGGCCUUGGCUGUGUACACACCCUACCCAAACAGUGACUCCAAUAGCACAAACCUUUAUUUGGAAAAGAUAGAGAAUGUGUUUUUAGCUAUCUUCACAGUUGAGUGUGUGAUGAAGAUCAUAGCGUACGGUUUAGUGGCCCACCCUGGCGCGUACCUUCGCAACGGAUGGAACUUACUAGAUUUUACAAUUGUAGUAAUAGGAUUGUUAAGUUCAGCAUUGUCACAUUUAAAGAUGGAAGGUUUUGAUGUUAAAGCGUUACGAGCGUUCAGAGUUCUAAGACCGCUGCGCUUGGUUUCAGGAGUGCCAAGUUUGCAAGUGGUGUUGAAUUCAAUUCUCCGUGCCAUGGUGCCUUUAUUACACAUUGCUCUUUUGGUUCUGUUUGUUAUAAUUAUUUAUGCCAUAAUUGGUUUGGAGUUAUUCUCAGGAAAACUGCAUGAAACAUGUUAUAAUAAUAUUACGGGUGAGAUGAUGGAUGAGCCGCAUCCAUGUGGGAAAGCUGGCUUCCAGUGUGAUGCAAUUUCGAAAAACAUGGUGUGCAGGGGAAGAUGGGAUGGUCCAAAUAAUGGUAUUACCAAUUUUGAUAACUUUGGUCUUGCCAUGUUGACCGUGUUUCAGUGUGUCACCCUAGAAGGCUGGACGGAUGUUCUCUAUUACGUGGAAGAUGCAAUGGGAAAUAGCUGGCAGUGGAUUUACUUUAUAUCAAUGGUUAUACUAGGAGCAUUUUUUGUUAUGAAUUUAAUUCUUGGUGUUCUCAGUGGAGAGUUCUCCAAAGAGAGGGAAAAGGCAAAAGCCCGCGGUGAUUUCCAUAAACUGCGGGAGAAGCAACAGAUAGAGGAAGAUUUGAGAGGAUAUUUAGACUGGAUUACACAGGCUGAGGAUAUUGAACCUGAAGGAGAAGACGGAGCUCACAAUCAGGAUGGUCUAACCAAAAUAGCAAAUGAAACAGAAUCUGCAGAUCGGGCAGAGGGAGAAGAAGGAGAAGUUGAGCAGGAAUCUUGGUGGAGGAAGAAAAAGAAAGUUUUUGACAGAAAUAAUCGAAGGAUGAGGCGUGCGUGUAGGAAAGCUGUCAAGUCGCAAGCAUUUUAUUGGCUCAUCAUUGUGCUAGUAUUUCUCAACACAGUGGUCCUUGCCACUGAGCAUUAUAACCAACCGGAGUGGCUAAAUGAUUUUCAAGAUUGGACAAACCUCAUCUUUGUUGCACUGUUUUCAAUGGAAAUGUUGUUGAAAAUGUACAGUUUGGGAUUCCAGGGUUAUUUUGUUUCACUCUUCAACCGAUUUGAUUGCUUUGUUGUGAUUGGAAGUAUUGGUGAAAUUGUUCUGACACAUACGAAGGUGAUGCCACCAUUAGGGGUGUCUGUGCUCAGAUGUGUUCGUCUGCUGCGUGUGUUCAAAGUGACAAAGUACUGGCGAUCCUUGUCCAACCUGGUUGCCUCGUUGCUAAACUCCAUUCAGUCCAUAGCAUCGCUGCUGUUACUGCUGUUUCUUUUCAUUGUGAUCUUUGCUCUACUUGGAAUGCAAGUAUUUGGUGGCAAGUUUGACUUCGACAAUACCACCGAUAAACCACGCAGUAAUUUUGACAGUUUCUGGCAGAGUCUACUUACCGUGUUCCAGAUACUGACUGGUGAAGAUUGGAAUACUGUUAUGUAUGUUGGUAUUCAAGCUUAUGGUGGAGUUUCUUCUAUUGGUGUUUUGGCAUGUGUGUACUUCAUCAUUCUCUUCAUCUGUGGUAACUAUAUUUUGUUAAAUGUCUUCUUGGCUAUUGCUGUGGACAAUCUGGCUGAUGCAGAAUCUUUAACAGCCAUUGAGAAAGAAGCAGAAGAGGAGGCAGAAAAGCAACAGAAAUCUCACAGUGGUUCACCAGCACGGGAAGAAGGACAGGGUGAAGAGGAAGGUGGAGAAGAGCAGGAGGAAGAACUUGCCGAAGAUGUUGAGAAUUUGGAGAAAGAAGACGCUGGAAGUGAAACUAAAGUUCCGUUGGACCGCGGAGACAGCGAAGAUUACGACGACGAGGAACAUACAGAUAAUCAGGAUGAAGAUGAUGAGGAUAAUGAAAGCGAGCAUAAGACAUCAGCACGGCCUCGCCGAAUGUCGGACGCCGGUAUGAAACCAACGAUUCGUCCACUUCCUGAGGGAAGUGCAUUCUUUAUAUUUUCCAAUACCAACAGGAUCCGGGUGUUCUGUCAUUGGUUUAGCAACCACAGUUACUUUGGAAAUGUGAUACUUGUGUGCAUUAUGAUCUCAUCAGCCAUGCUCGCUGCCGAAGAUCCCCUGAGAACUAAUACGCCUCGAAAUGAGAUCCUGGGAAAAUUUGACAUCUUCUUCACAUCAGUUUUCACAGUGGAGAUCUGUCUGAAGAUGAUUUCGUAUGGCUUUGUCCUCCAUGAUGGGGCGUUCUGCCGUUCAGCAUUUAAUCUCCUUGACUUGCUCGUGGUGUUUGUCUCUCUUAUUGCCUUGAAUAUGGGUGGAGGUGCCAUUUCAGUGGUAAAAAUCCUUCGAGUUCUGAGAGUUCUCAGGCCUCUCCGGGCAAUCAACAGGGCAAAAGGGCUUAAGCAUGUAGUCCAGUGCGUGAUAGUCGCAGUAAAGACUAUUGGCAACAUUGUCCUGGUCACCUGCCUUCUUCAGUUCAUGUUUGCUGUUAUUGGAGUCCAGUUGUUUAAGGGAAAAUUCUUCAGCUGUUCAGAUGGCUCAAAGAUGACAAAAGCAGAGUGUCGUGGUACAUACCUUGUGUUUGAUGAUGGAGAUAUCAAGCAACCACAUGUUGAAGAACGUACAUGGGCAAGGAACCGAUUCCACUUUGAUGACGUUGCCAAAGCUAUGCUAACAUUGUUUACUGUAUCAACAUUUGAAGGUUGGCCUGGGCUUCUCUACGUUUCAAUCGAUUCACACGAUGAAGAUGAAGGACCCAUCCACAAUUUUCGUCCCAUAGUUGCUGCUUAUUACAUAAUUUAUAUCAUCAUCAUUGCUUUCUUCAUGGUUAAUAUUUUUGUAGGUUUUGUCAUUGUGACUUUCCAAAAUGAAGGUGAACAAGAAUACAAAAAUUGUGAGCUUGAUAAGAACCAGAGAAACUGCAUAGAGUUUGCUUUAAAAGCAAAACCCAUUCGCAGAUACAUUCCGAAACACCGUAUCCAGUACAGAGUAUGGUGGUUUGUAACAUCACAACCUUUUGAAUAUACAAUAUUUAUUCUCAUCAUGUUAAAUACCAUCACGCUGGCAAUGAAGUUUCACAAUCAACCAGAAUCUUACGAAGAAUUUCUCGACGUCCUUAAUGUCAUCUUCACGGCUGUGUUUGCUAUGGAAUUUGUAUUCAAGUUGGCUGCUUUUAGGUUCAAGAAUUAUUUUGGUGAUGCAUGGAACGUGUUUGAUUUCAUCAUUGUGCUUGGCAGCUUCAUCGACAUCAUUUAUUCUGACAUAAAUACCCCUACAAGGUUUAAGCCAGAGUCUACCAUGAUAUCCAUCAAUUUCUUUCGUUUAUUCCGAGUUAUGCGUUUAGUGAAACUUCUGAGUAGAGGUGAAGGCAUUCGCACUUUACUUUGGACGUUUAUCAAAUCGUUCCAAGCGCUGCCGUAUGUUGCCCUUCUCAUCGUCAUGCUGUUCUUCAUCUACGCUGUCAUUGGAAUGCAGAUGUUUGGAAAAAUAGCACUGAAUUCAGAAACAGCCAUUCAUCGCAAUAACAACUUCCAGACUUUUCCCCAGGCAGUCUUAGUUUUAUUUCGUUCAGCAACUGGUGAAGCCUGGCAAGAUAUCAUGCUGGACUCUUCUGCACGUGAAGAGGUUAAAUGCGAUCCCAAGUCUGAUGAGACAAGCAAAUCUACCUGUGGUUCUGACUUGGCCUUCCCAUAUUUCAUCUCGUUCUAUGUACUGUGCUCAUUCCUUAUCAUUAACCUGUUUGUUGCUGUUAUCAUGGAUAACUUUGAUUAUUUGACAAGAGAUUGGUCAAUUCUGGGUCCCCAUCACCUGGAUGAAUUUAUUCGACUCUGGAGUGAAUAUGAUCCUGACGCUAAGGGACGCAUCAAACACUUGGAUGUCGUAACUCUUCUCAGGAAAAUAUCACCGCCUCUUGGUUUCGGCAAGCUCUGCCCCCACCGCGUUGCUUGCAAGAGGUUGGUAUCAAUGAAUAUGCCAUUGAAUAGUGAUGGGACUGUUUUAUUCAAUGCAACAUUAUUUGCUGUUGUUCGGACAUCUUUACGAAUCAAGACAGAAGGAAAUAUUGAUGAUGCGAAUGCAGAACUAAGAGCAGUCAUUAAGAAGAUUUGGAAGAGAACGAGUCCCAAACUCCUGGAUCAAGUAGUCCCACCACCUGGAGUGGAAGAUGAAGUUACAGUCGGCAAGUUCUAUGCAACUUUUCUAAUACAGGAUUACUUCAGGCGAUUUAAAAAACGAAAAGAACAGGAACUCAAAGAUGGCGAUAAGGAGUCGCACAACACGGUGACAUUACAGGCUGGACUGCGUACCCUGCAUGACGCAGGCCCUGAACUGAAACGUGCUAUCUCUGGAAACUUGGAGGAAUUAAUGGAUGACAAUCCUGAACCCAUGCAUAGGCGUAAUCAUUCACUGUUUGGCAGUGUUUGGUCAUCGAUGCGACGAGGCCACGCUGGUUUCCAUCGUGCCCGGUCGCUAAAAGUCAACUCAACACAAAUUAAGAUGAACCACUUAGAUGUUCCAGGAAGGAAUCUCAGAAAGGUAUCUCCAACCAACUCAAUUGACUACUUGCCUUAUAACUCGAUCCAUCGUGCUGUAACUGAAGGCAUGAACCACAUUACGAGCAUGACCAGGAGUACACUCAUGCCACAUAUUACAAGUGCAGCUUCAAUGCAAGACAAUGAAGAGGGCUUGCAGGAAGAGGAGGCAAUUCCAUUACGUCCAUUGACUGUUGCCGUUUCCAAUGGGGACCCUGAGAGGACGUUUGGCCCCUACCAAGUAAUCGACCUGCAGGAUGAAUACAGCCCCGAGCUGACCCCCCCUACGCCCCCUCCCCGGAGAGUCCCACGAGGAGUUGGGGGGGGCUCGUUCCGUCUGGGCUGUAUGGGUCGCGAGACGUCAUCGAGCUUCAGCCGGAUAGCGGAUGGCCUCAAGCUGGCCCAGGCACAAAUGAUGGCUGUGGCAGUUGCUAGUUUCCUGCCAAGUGACAACAGAGCGGUGGCGACAGAAUGCCAGGGGCACGGGCGACGCUCCCCCCUCACUCACAGGGCUUCCUUUCAUGGCAGAGUGUCCCGAGCUGGCGAGUCCAAUGGCAGUCUUGGCACGGAACGCCUGUCACAUUCACUUCCUGGCAGUCCAGCUGACCGUCGUCCCAACUUCCCCGAGGUAGUUGGUUCAGCCGAAAGCCUGGUAGGCAGGGUACUGGUGGAGCAAGGUCUUGGCAAAUACUGUGAUGCCGAUUUCGUUCGUUACACAUCUCGUGAGAUGCAGGAAGCGUUAGACAUGACUCAGGAGGAGAUGGACCGUGCGGCACAUCGGCUCUUGCUGCAGGAACGUCAAGGAAGACCUUUGUCCUUCCAGAUGUCAGGAGUGGGUGCAGGGGUGGGGACUGGGACGGGAGGUGAACUUGAAUCAGGUGAUACUGAUCCUCACUUAUAGCAGCGCGCCCCGCAUGGACGCGGGCUUUUCCCACUGAGUUCCAUUGUCUCAGUCUCAGUUUGCAUUACCAAGUGCCUCAUAUACUUCUCCAGGGAAGACUCAAACUCAACGUACCAUCAGUUUCUCAAACUUGCCCCAUUUUUACCAUUUGUGGAUUGUUUGUCCUGGUGAAUGAAAGUCCAGUGGAUGUCAAAAGACUAGAAUUGUUACCAAAAAAAUGAUUUUUUUUAUUUGUUAAAUGUUUAUUUUAUGUUAAAGGAAUACAAGGUAUGGAAACAAAUGGAAAGAUCCUGCAACACAUAUCUUGUGCAAAAGCGCAGUUAUGAAAAUACCUACUGAUCUGAAAGGAAAUUUGUUUAUUAAUAUGGAAUGUUUAGCUAAUAUAAAGAAGUUUUAUUAUUUUUAUUAUCCAUUUAAAUUACUUUGAAAGUACAGCUAUCUACUGGAAUAUUAUCAUUGAAAGUAUAAUGCGUGUGUUAAAACAUUUAAAAAGUUCAUCCCAUAGAGUUACGUUCUUAUGUACUUUAUUUGAAGAAAAUUAAAGUUUACUCGCCUGUGAAUGUUUACAUUUAAUAAUUUAGAAGCCUGAAUUAUAAAGUGUGAAAGUGGACCAUACAAGAUAUUGGUCUAAUGUGCAAGUAUACUGAAAUGAAUUUUCCAUAACGAUAGUGCAGAAAGUUGAAUGAAUCUUUCCUAAAUUUAAACCUGAGAAAUAAUAAGAAGAAAGAUGUUUAAUAUCUUAGAGCAAGUUCACCAACAUCCUUUAUGUUUAGCAAAUAACAGUUUUCCCAACAUUAAUAUUACUAACUUGAUGCCAUGUCAUACACCGAAAGUGAACUAUAAUGCACGAGAAAGUGAUUGUCUAUUUUCAGAGGAAUUUGGAAUCCUUUAGAAGCUAGUUUUGCUAAACUGUGUUAUGUUAUGUGCCCAUUUGAACAGGAUUUAACAUUGCUUUGCAUGCACGUUUGGAUGUGCAUUGCAAUGCAACUGUCUGCCCAACUUCCUGUCUGGACGAUAGCUGGCUGAUGGACAGAGUCAAGUGAGUUGCCUGGAAGGUGAGAAUCUAAUUGGUGGUCUGCAUCCAUAGCCAGCCAUCAAACUAAAAUAUCUAAAGAAAUGAUCCCUUGUGAUAAAUGGAUAUUUCUUCUACUGUAUUAUUGAUUUGUAUAAAAUGUAUAGAAAUGUUUUUACAAAUGUUUUUGUCAUGGAAUUUGUACAGGACUGUAAAAACUAUUAUUCCCAAUAAACUUUGAGCUGAAUUAAAGAAACUU